CGGUCUAAGGCGUUGGUUUAGUUGGUGAGUUUGUUCCUUGUCGCACAGUCACACUUGGUUUCUCUCUCGAGGAAAAUGCACGGACGACCUCGCAAAGCCCCGAAACCCGAAGACGCAGCAGCUUCAGCGGCCAAAGCUGAAAAGCUACGCGCUCUUCAAUCUCAGCUCCUUCACAAUCAUCACAAUCAGAUAUAUACGAAGGAAGCCCUAGAGAUCUCCGCCAAGCUACUUGAAGCCAAUCCCGAAUCAUACACAGCUUGGAAUUAUAGGAAGCUCGCUGUUGAACAUAAUCUGAGUCACUCCGAGUCUGAUCCGGAUACAGUCAAAUCAAUUUUCAGCGAGGAACUUAGAGUCGUAGAGAACUCAUUGAAGCAGAAUUUUAAGUCUUAUGGAGCGUGGCACCAUCGUAAAUGGGUUCUGAGCAAGGGACAUUCAUCAGUAGAUCAUGAAUUGCAGCUACUGGAUCGGUUUCAGAGGGCUGAUUCUCGGAAUUUCCAUGCCUGGAAUUAUCGUCGAUUUAUUGCGGCCUUGAAGGGCAUACCUGAUGAGGAGGAGUUGAAGUAUACAACCAAAUUAAUAGAGACAAAUUUCAGCAAUUAUUCUGCAUGGCACAAUCGUAGUGUACUUUUGUCCCAUUUGCUGCAAAACAAGGUCAAAGGGUUUUUCCCAAAGGAAAAGGUUUUGGUAGAAGAGUAUGAAUUUGUACAUCAAGCUCUUUUCACUGAUCCAGAUGAUCAAAGUGGUUGGUUUUAUCAUCUUUGGCUUCUUGAUCAAACUGUUAAACCAGAAACUCCUCUGCUGGUUUCUACUUGGCCUGCUCAUGGUUCUGAUAUCAUUGUAUCAGCAGAAGGCUGCCUGGAUGGCCGUGCUUUGUCUCCAUUCACAAGUUUCCACUCUGAUGCAGGAACAUUUCCUCUCAUUCUUUACUUCAAUGAAGCUGUUGAAGGUGUAAACUCAUCUACUGUAACUGUUAAAUCAGUGUUUACUGAAAAUAAAGAUCUUGUUUGGAAACCACUUGCAACAAGUAAGUCCUGUGCUGCCCAAGCAUGGGUAACACAUCUAAAUGUUCCUGAUGUAAAGCUCCAUCCUUCAACAGCUUAUCCCAUAGAAGUUAAUCUUGGAGACUCUCAGGGAAUAAUUUCUUUGAGUGGUUCUCACUGUAGCCAUCCUUCUCGGUUUGCAUUUACAGUGUGUGUACAGCCUCUCAGUUCAAAACAUGCUGAAAGGCAGAGUGUAGAGAUGAUUUUGUGGAGAGAUGUAAAUUUUCAUUUUUAUGAUGCACAUGUCCAAGAAUCAAGCCCAAUUGCUUAUUUUGAUCGACUAAGCAUUAAAAAGGACCAUGAGCCAGCAGCUUCUAAGUGGCAUGCAAAGACUCUAGUUAAUGAGAUAGCCCUUGUUCGGCAACUGUUGUCAGAGAUAGACUGUAAAAUUGGAAAGCUUACUCUUGCAAGACUGCUGAUGGCUCAUGAUGCAAUGGUGUCAUACAUGGCUCCACAUUCUCACAAGAAGGUCCAUUCUGAAGAAGUUCUACAACUAUAUAGUGACCUAAUGGAGUUGGACCCAAUGCAUUCCCAAUACUAUAAGGAGGCACAAAGCUUAGUCUUAUUGCAGCAGGUGACAUCCAAUAGGGAAUCCUUGCUGAAACACUGCUGCCACCAUAGGGUCUCGACCUCUUCAAGUGUUGGUAAUUCUGUCUGUUUACGACUAAAUAAUUUGUCUUUAUCAAGGAUCGGAUGUGUUGAGCAAUUAUUGUGGGUCCAAAUGCUUGACCUCAGCCACAAUGAACUUCGAUCAAUUGAUGGAUUGGAGGCUAUGCAGCUUCUCUCUUUCCUGAACCUGAGUCAUAAUAAGCUUAGCAGUUUUACUGCUUUGGAGCCUUUGAGACUGCUGAAGUUAUUAAAGGUGUUGGACAUCUCAUACAAUGAGAUAGGUGCCCACCCCGUUGACACAAGAAGGUAUUUGUGCUCUUCUCCUUUGUCUCAUACGGUAGGAAGUGAUUGGAAUUUCAAUGAAUUUGUACCUGACGAUGCCAAAGUGACAAACUACUGGGAGGCUUUUGCGAUUUUUAGAGGCUUCAAUUUGACGCAAUUGGAUAUUGUGGGGAAUGCAAUCACUGAUGAAAAAUUCAAGUCAUUUCUGAUUAAGGUUCUCCCUACACUAAAGUGGGUAGACGGUGAAGAAUUGCAUUAACCUUCAAAUAAUUUUUUUCUCCUUUAUUUACAUAUAUCUCUCUGUUUCUCAAUACAGUUAGGCAUACCAUGUUUCUGCUGUUAUCAUAACUACUAAAUUUAUUGAAGAACCUUUUGCUUUGUUAAA